ACAUAUUUCUUCUUUGUAUUCAGUCGUUGUCGGAUUCUUGAAUUGUGUAGUUGUUUUUAUUUUACUUGUGUGUUGUUAUUAAUUUAAAAAUUAAAAAUUGGAUAUGAAAUGGAGAAACUAGCACAGGAAAAAAUGGAAUCUUUAAUGAAAUAUGUCCCUUUUAUUGAUUUUGUUUUAGAAAUCGAUAAAGAAAAAUAUAUUAAAUUUAAAAAUAUAAGAAAAUGGAUUAUAUUAAGAAAGAAAAAGUACCCUUUAAGUGAUUUAAAUAAAAUUGAACAGUCUAUUACAACACAAUACAAGAAUUUACUACUUGAAAAUAAUGUGAAAAUACCUGAACAUAUAGCAAAUAUUUUUGCUCCAAUGAAUUUUAAGCAAUUUGUAAAUUUAUGUUCCGACGAGGAAGAAGAUGCUGUAGAAGAAGAUGAUACUAAAAAGAAACAUAAUUCUUCCACAACAAGGAAAUCAAAUUCAUCAAAAGAAGACAAAAAUAAAAGAAAUAAAAAGUACUCCAAAGCAACAAAGGAAGUUGAUGAUAGUGAUGAUGAUUUAGAAAUCAUUAGUAUUGAUUAUAUAAAACCAGAUAAUAAAGAACCAAAGAAGAAAAAUUCCAACUCAAGUAAAGAGGUCAUUAAAGAUGCUGAAAUUGAUGAUUUAUCUAAAGAUAUUUUAAGUAAAAUUGAUAAAUUAACAGAAGAUGAUAUUAAACAGAAGAAGAACUCUAUUUACGAACCCAUAAAUUAUACAUAUCAAGAAAAGGAUUUUGUUGAUAUAACCGAGGACAAUAGUGAACCUAUUGAAGAGGAAAAUACAAUUUUUCAGAGACGCUCGACAAAUUCUGAUGGAUUAUUUAAAAGACGUACAGAUUUUAAAGAUGAAAUAAAAGAUGAAAAAGAGCCAUCGCUAGAAGGUAAUCAGGAACCAGAUGUAAAUAUGUUUAAUUUAAAUGAUGUGGAUGAUGAAGUCGAAGUGCAAAAUUUUGAGAGUGAUAAUAAAACAAAACAUUUCACCAAAAAACCGAUAGAUAUUAUAUCUUUAGACUCAUGUAGUGAUGAUGAGGAUAGUAAUCAACCUUCUACCUCUAAAGCCGCUUCUUUAAAGUAUAAAGUCUCUGCUACUGCCAAGGAAAACGAAAAUAUAACGGAAGAAAAUUCCAAUAGUAAUUGUAGUAACACUAAGGUAGAAUUACUGUGUAAUACCAUCGACUCAGCAUUUUUGAAUGUUAGUGAUUUAAUGGAAGAAUUAAAUGAACCCAAAGAUUUAGAAAAACCAUCACCAAGUCAAAUUUCAAACCAGCCGCCAGACAAACAAAUAUCAGAUAAUAGCAGUGAUAAAGAGAACGUUGUAAAAUCAUCAAAUACCAAUAAAUCCAGCAGUCUAAGUCAAGAACAGAUAUGCCAACUAUUCGCAGAUAUUUCGAAUAAAAAAGAUUUUGAUAUAGAUACAUUUUAUGCUGCUUUAUCAUGUGUCAAGCAAAUGAAUUCACCCUCAAUAAGAACAAACAGCACAGAAAAUAAUUCUCCUUCUUUAGAUGUAAACGAGACUCCACCACCAGCUCCUCCACCUAUUAAUAAUAUCGGUAUCCCGCCAGUACAACCAUUACAGCAGCAGCCACCACCACAGCAACAACAAGCUCCAUUUGCUUGCAAUCUAAACCAACCAACAACUAAUAUUUGUUAUCCACCCCAACAGCCUCAACAUUGUAAUCCUUCAUUAACAUCUUAUUAUCCCCAAAAUGCAAAUUUUGUAUCAACACCAGGGGUGGCGCCAGCACCUCAACCACCCAGACCAAAAGUGAACAUUAACGAUCCACGCAUUAUAAAGCAACUACAGGUUAUACAAAAUUCACCGUUGUUUACCUAUAACUUCUUGAAUUCUGAAAUUGCUGAAAAUAUAAUGCAAAUUUGUCAAUCACAAAAAUUUCAACAACCUCAACAGCAAACAAACUUUUCACACAACAACUCCACAUAUACACAUAACAAUAGCAACACAAAUACUACGUCCUUACGAACAAAUAAUUUGCGUAGGUCCUGCGAUACUGCGCCAACAACAUCUAGUAGGUUAACUUAUGGCGAAUAUAAACGUAGACAACAGGAACAAAAAUUGGAGCUGGAAAGACAAAGGGAACAAGAACGCAAGGCAAAAGCAGAACAAUUGGAACUGGAGAAAAAGAAAAAGGAAGAAGAAAUACGCUCUAAAUUAUUGUCUACGUUAACACCUUGUACAGAACAAUUAACAACAAUGUGGAGUCAACAAAAGAACUCAAACAAUAACUCCGUCACAGUAAAUAAUACUAACAAUAUGGAAAAGGAAAAACCAAAAAACGAUGUGGAAAAAAACAACACUUCACCUCCAGUUACUGUUGAAAAUAAUGACGAAAAUAAGGAAAAGAAAAGUAAACAAAAAUCCAAAGAAAAGAAAAAAACCAAGUCUAAAGAUAAGAAAGAUAAAGAAACAACAAUCCAGGGUAAAGGGAUCAUAGACCAAAAACUCAGUCGAGUUUAUAAUGAAUUAAGAUGUACCGUUAAAGGAUUUGAUCAACUGCACGAUUAUAUUCCUAACAUUGAGGAAACUACAAAAUCGAAUGAUAACACAGAUACUUCUUCAAAUGCAGAAGUAACCUUUACGCCUAGACCUAUUGGCCUAAGACGAAGAUCUAGCAUUCAUGCUCUCUCUGCCAUAACGGAACAAUUAGGACAACAAUCCUCAGAUUGUUCAGAUUCUGAUGUAAACCAAAAAAGGGUCAGAAGAUCCUCAAGUAAUUAUGAACCAAAACGCCCUUCAAUAGACACUCAUAAUAUUACAUCCUCAGAAGAUUCGAUGCAAUCUUUACCAAAACGUAGAAAAACCAUAGAUGAAAUUUUAAAGCCAAACAAAAGAUCAAAGGCCAUGCGAAUAGUAGAUGAUGACUCGGCAAUCUCAUCGGAGGAUGAUAGCGUCUCUAAGAAUUCUAAAGAAAAUUUUAACAUAAAUCAACCGGUUAUUAAACUACGACGUAUAUCAAAAGAUUUUAUAAGAAAACAUACUAACAGACGUAAAGAAGAUACAGAACCGCAUUCAAGGCUAAAGAAAAACUGUGAAAAAGUCUUAAAUCCAGUUGAACCCGCCCAAAAAGUGAACAAACUAAAAAGAUACAACAAUGAUUGCCAAAUGACAGAACGUAAUACUUCCUUCUGUGUACUUUGCAGAUCUAAACCCUCGGAUUUGACAAAUCAUUAUAUAGGCAGACAUAAAACCGAAUCUUAUGUAGCUCGUUUAGAUUGGGCAGAACUAGAUGAUCUAUCUAUUAACACACCCUUUGCCAAACUAUUACCAAGAGGAAAAAAUUCUCGUUAUGAUCGUUAUGAAGUGGAAUGUCCCUUUUGUCAAGAUAAAAUUGCAGAUCAAUUCAUUAAUCUCUAUCAACAUUAUUCUGUUCAUACAGGAGAGUAUGCUUUCAAAUGUUCCCACUGUAACCUAACGAAACCCUACAGGCCCGAUAUACAAUCCCAUAUUCUUCACUCGAAAACGUGUCGCAAUGCCACUAUACAAAUCAUGUAUCUUUAUCCGCCCAAUGCCCAAUGUAUUUAUCUGCACUAUUGUACCAUCUGUAAUUUCGUGCAAUUGAACGAAGCCAAUGUUUUGAAACACUUGAGAGAGCAUCAUGAAAGUGCCAAAGCCAUUCCAAGUAAUGUACAAAAAUAUAUAUUAGCAGCCAUGAGUGAUGGACCCGAUAUAAAUGAAGUAAAUAAACCACCGACACCUGCCCCAACACCACCACCAGCUAUACAAAAAGAGACAACAGAUGAAGAAGAAAAGAUUAAUGGCGUUAAAAAGGCAUGUACACCGCUUGUAAACGACAAAACUGUACAGCUUCCUGGAGAAGUACAACAGGUUACAACGUCGAUGCCGUCCAAUGAUUCAAAUUUAAAAGUUGAUGAUAAUUCUCCGUCUAAUGAUUUAAAUUUCAAAGUUGAUGAUGAUGAUAUUCCCGUUGGUAAUGAACCUUGUUGCGAGGAAGAAUUUUUAGAGGAGGGCAAAUAUUCGUUAGAAGAACAAUUGAAACAAUUACAUGAAGGACCCACGCAACAAAAUGUCACCACUCAAAUACCCAUGACAGUUAUACAUUGUAUUGGCGAACAGAUAAAGCAAUCUCCAAGUGAUCUCUCAACAGUUUCCAAUACACUACCACAACCACCGUCAGAUAGACAUCUACCCAUGAUUAUAAAAACUGAAUCGAACAUAGAUGUCGAAGAAAAUCUUUUGCUUACACCUCCUAGACCCUCAUGUAAUAAAGAAAAAGAUGUCUGCAAUACAAAUAUCCCUGAAGUUUCAAAAACACCAGUAUUCAUCACCUAUGAAAAGUAUCGUAGCUUUCCGCAAAAUGUCAACUACUUAGGUCUAUACAAAUGCAUGAUAGGCGAUUGUUAUUAUUCUACAGACUGCCCAGAUGAAUUUUUCAAACAUUUAACUGAUCAUUCCACGGAUCAUGAAUCAAAUUCCAUUGAAUCAUAUCUACAGUGUCCGUAUUGUGUUUUACCCAUAGAAAUUGUUAUGAAUUCGAUGCUAUUGGUAGAACAUGUACGCAAUCAGCAUGGGAACCUAAUUUAUCAAUGUUCUUUGUGUUGUUAUCGCAGCUGUGAUGCCUCCAAUGUUUACAUACAUCAGCAAUUGCAUCAUAAUACUCAGCUAGACUUAUGCAAAAUUUAUAAAAGCACCACCGCAAGUGAAGAUCCACAGGUUAACAUUGGAUUGGAUGGAAACUUAAAUGAACAAAUAAUGAAAAAUGUUUUUAAAAUUGUUUGUAGUGUUUGUAAAAAAGAUUUCUAUCAUACACAACCUUUAAUAGAGCAUCUUAAUAGUGAGCACAAGGCAAAAAUGGACAAUAGCUUAAAAAUCUACUCCUGCAUAUAUUGUUCUUUAAUGGUUGAAAAUAAACAUAAAAUACGUAUACAUGUAUCCACUAAACAUCCAGAAAAGCAUCCUUACAUUUACGAUCACAAUACACAAUGCAACAGUAUAAAUGAGGAUUUGAUACGCGGCAUAGAUGUUCUUUCUCUAUCUGAAGCAGUGGCCUAUGAGGAAAUUCAAACAGCUAAAGCAAACGAAGACAAUUUACAAGAUAUUAAGCCAGAUUUUAAGCAGCUGCAGCAAAUGAAUGAAGAAACGGUUAAAGUGCGCUUAAGAAAAUUAACUGCUUCUACGGGAGUACAGCCUGAUAAACUCUAUCGUUGUCCACACUCUUCGUGUGGUGGUUUCUUUACCAUUUUUGAUUUGUGGUUGAGGCACAUGAAAGUGCGUCAUCAAUGUUUGGAAUGUCAAUGUCCUCACUGUCCCACACCGAAAUUGCUUACAGUAGAGCAAUUUGCUUUGCAUUUUGAAGAACAUCGACGCCAUACUUUUAUCUGUUACUAUUGCCCAACUACGUGGAGUAACAAAACAUUGGCUUUGGAACAUGCCGCCAAAGAGCAUAGUAAUUUAGGCCACAUGCGCUUCGAGCAAAUACGUUUCAAUCUUACAUACUCCUAUGCCAUUAUGAUACAAAAUGAUUUAUUAACAGAACAUGAACAUUUCAUUGCUGAAUUCCUGCUCAUAUUGGAUAAUCGUUUAAAAGUUUUAGAAUUAAAUGAAAAGGGAAAAUUAAAACAUCAAUGGCCGGUAGCAGAAAAUACCCUGUGGGUUAAUGAUUAUCUGCAUAAGCUCCACAAUCGCAAAGUGGUGCGUACCUGUUUAAUGAAAGGCUGUUCAUUUCGUACUUUCAGUGAAGACAAUCUUUUUGCACACUUACGUACCUCACAUGUCAUCGCUGGCACCUCGUUUAAUUGUUCCAAAUGUAAUUUCAGUCUAUCGGUCUGCACCAAUUUCGAUGAAGUCAUUAAUCAUAUAAAAUUACACAAUGAAUUUAUUUGCAUUUGUGCUGCUUGCUCCUUAAGUACGCUAAGUCGCCAAAAAAUGUCUAACCACAUACGGGGCCAGCAUUCGGCGCGUGAUGUUCCAGCAAUUCAGCUAUUUAAGACCAAUCAACAAUUAUUUAUUAAAUUAUUUAUAGUAUUCGCAGACAAUCAUCUAACCUUCUCAACCAUGAAAAAUUGUUUCUGUUGUGGGGAAAAGAAUAUGGAAGGUGAUGUCUUUAGUUUACAUUUGAAACGAUAUCAUAAAUUUUCACUCAAUUACUAUUGCGAAAAAUGUCCAGAUUUUCAAUUUAAAUCAUUAAAAGAUGUAAAAUCACAUUUUCAACAGCUGCACUCCUCAGAUGCUUUUAAGAUACGCACUGAAUUGUCGUCCGCAAAUGACAUACGCGUAAACGAGUUAAAUGAUUUUCAAGUGGAAAUUUCCACGGAAGUUCAAACGUCCUUUGCGUUACAUAUUAAAGAUGAACCCAUAGAUGUAAAUAAUAUUGAAGCCGAGGAUGAUGAUGUAAUAUUGCUUGAAGAUAAUGAUGUAGUUAUACAGGAUUCUUUAAGAGAUGAACAAGUACAACAGCCUAAGUUAAUACCACAACUAAAAUGUGCCUCAUUUAGUAAAUUAAUAGAACCCUCAAUAGCCUGCCCACCGAAUAUGGACGCUGCAAUAAAUCAACCACCAACAUUUCAACAACACCCCACAACAUUUAACUCAAUUUUAGCAGAAUCCCCCAUAUCAAUGCAAACCGAUUUUGUAACCGCAAAUCAAGGUUUUUAUCAAAACUUAACCUCUAACACAGUUCCUAAUACUCGGUUUAUGGUUAAUUCGUAUGAAAACCAUAAUAUUAAUAUGUCCAUGAAUCAGUGCAACAAUUUAAAUCUAAAUGUUGCUCCAAAUAACAAUACAAACACUUUCCUACCCCACAAUAACGCGAUGAGAAAUCAAGUUGAAGCUUUCCCGACUGUUAAUAACGUUUAUACACAUCAAACAACAAAUAAUUCUUAUAUGGGCCAGACAAGGUUUGUGCAAAUACCAGCAAAUACGGUAAUGAACCCAAACUAUGGUUCCACAUCCAAUACUCGAGAUAAUCAAAAUAAUGUUUAUCAAAACACAUCUUCUGUUAACGAUAUGUAUAGUUUCUAAUUACUUUUAUUCAAAACUUUCGUGAUAGGUUAUUUAUUGUUUUUUAUUUUAAUUAAGUUUUGUUUCAAAUAUUUUGAAACAGUUUUGUAUAUUAUUUUAUAUCAAAUUUUAAAGUUAAUUUUUUUAUUACAAAUAUAUGAAUACUUUGAAAUAAAUUUUUAUUAAAAU